AUGCAAAAGGCAAUGAAAAGCGCAGAAUAUAUAAAAGCUAAUAAUGACUGGUUAGAUGCCCAAGCCAACGCUAAAGCAGCCCAACUUAUAGGGUCAAUAAGGACAAAAAUACAAGCGGAUGAAGACAGUUCAAAUGAAGCUUUAAUGAAUGCCGACUUUAAGAAUGCCUUCGAAGCUCUUCAUAGUAGGGUGAAACUAGUGAACGACUUCUCAUCUGGAAAGAAACUGAAGUCUGAAGGUUUCGACAAAGAGUUAAGAGAAGUAGCACAAAAUAUGACGAAAAUAACAGAUGCAGCAACGAGACAGGCAGUUCAAAGUGCCUAUGACGCCGUUAGAGCAACUGUUGUGGAAAGUCAAGAAAAAGAGUUACAACAGACCAAAACAGACCUAGUAAAUGCUUUCUUAAGAACGAAAAGUCAGGUAGGACAUUAUGCUGCAGAUGGAACAUAUGUGCCAGCUGGUGGAACUUAUAUACCACCAAACCCUCCAAGAGAAGCACUUGCACCAGGACUACCUAAAACAUUUACAUCGUCACAUGGACACAGACACAGGCAUGCACCACAACAACAACAACCAACAAUUCAAAAUCCAGCACAACAACCAACAAUUCAAAAUCCAGCACAACAACCACCUCCACAACCAGCACAACAACCAGCACAAACAGAGCAAGGACAUAAAAGAAGUAGAGAACAAGGAAACCAAGAAUUCUUAAAAAUGCUUAAGGAAGAAUAUGGUUACCCAGAUACUCUUGACUUUAGUGACAGAUAUAAAGAAGCUAUUAGAAAGUUCAAGGAAGGAAAUACUGACCCGAACCUAUUUAGCUUUAUGGCUCAGCACCAAAUGGGAUAUAAUUUCAAACCUGGAAAAUACAAGCUCGCUAAGGGAUAUGAUUUAAUAGCAUAUCAGCCAAAUGACAUGGAUGAAUUUACUCCGAGAUAUUUUAUGUCAGAGCUAAAUGAUAAUUCAACUCUCUUCAUGAAACGCGUAAAAAAUAGAGACGGAACGAAAAAAGAAAGGUUUAUGAGUCCGGAUGACUUAGAUAGGGAACUUGUUAAAAACGGUCUCGGAAUAUAUGAAAUGCCACCAGAUGAGGUACAAGAAACUCCACAGGAAGAAGUUCAGAUACAACCAGACAUGGAAGAAAUAGUUCAGCAACAACAGCUAGAAGAGCCUGAAGGAAACGAACAAGUCCCUCCUUUGGAAACUAACUUCACAGAACUAGAUGAAGAUUUGGAACAGCCGAAAAAUCUUGACCCUCAACAAGAGUAUGCGGAGAAUAUGGAAUCUUUCCAAGAGUCUAAGAAAAAUUCGGCUGACAUAGUAGAAGAAUAUCGAAAAAUGUUCGCCGACAUACAAAAGACUCCAACAUCAGAUGAAAAUAUUCAGCAUAGAAUGGAA